AUGGCUGCCAGGCUAUCUUCAUCCGCACCCCAGACACUCGCGGUCUCAUUCUACAAUGAGAUACCUAUUCCGCGGAUUGAGUCCAGGCAAAACCAGCACGAUCAGUCGAUUGCUGAACUAUUUGUGCUUCCACCACGGCAUGUCGCAGAUGACAUGAUGGAAAUGUACUGGAACGAAGUAUACCUCCUCUAUCCUUUUCUCCAACGGGAACGGUUUAUGCCAGCCUAUCAGAAGAUUUGGACUGGCGAGGACCGGGAAACUGACCAGAGGUUGUUGUAUUGUAUUUUGAACCUGAUCUUUGCAAUCUGCUGCCAGAUUAGCAAGAAGGAGUCACCCAGAGAGAAAGCUGCCGCCGCUGACGUCUUCUAUAAGAGGGCCUUACACCUAUUACAAGUCAAUGUGAUAGGCAGCGGUUCGGUUGAGCUUGUUCAAGCUCUUCUCAUUAUGGGUCAGUACCUUCAGAGCACCGAUUGGCCACACAGGUGUUGGGUUGUCAUUGGCCUCGCGAUUCGUAUCAGCCAAGGGUCUGGUCUACACCUUCGGCGGACGACAGCGAAUGUUCCUCAGAUCGAUCGAGAGCUAGCCCGUCGGUUGUGGCACGGGUGCGUUUUUAUGGACCGGAUGGUGUCGAUGACCUUAGGCCGUCCGAUGAUGAUAUCCAAAGCCGACGCAUUGGUUGUACCCUUCCCUGAAGCUAUCGACGAUCGAUAUUUGUCACUCGAGCUUGGACAAGAUCAAACACAACCCCAAGGCAAAGUCUCCAUCGUUGAGUUCUUUGUUCAGUCGCUAAGACUCUACAUAAUCACCGAGGAGACAUUGUCUUCCAUGUAUCCCCAUGAAGACGCCGCCUCUUCGUCGACGCCACUUUCUCCUCUGGAAAAGCUCACAAACCUCGAUUUCAACACGGUUUUGAGGAUCCACACAGCCAUCACCAAGUGGUACGACUCAGUGCCAGACACACUCAAGAUUAAUAACAACCAUUCGCGGAGGUCCACCGAAGAGACCCAUUCAAGGCAGGCAAACAUACUGCGGCUCCGCUGUCUCCAGAUUCAAAUCCUCCUGUUUCGUCCGAUUCUUUCGCUCUUGUUGGCUCAAGAAAUCAGAAGCAAGGCAAUUUGUCUCUCUAUACCGGACUUGUGGCUGCCGCUCUCUAUGGGGCUGAUUUGCGUGAGGAAAUGUAUAAUCAGUGCUCUCGAAGUCAUCAAUAUCAUCUAUGAGAAGCAGAUAUUUCCGGGUUCCAGGGACAUUGAACCUCUACCAGCAUGGUGGUAUCAGAUCUUCUUCAUCUACACUGCUGCCACAGCCCUGAUACCAGCACGCGUAUAUAGCUACGUCCGAGGAGAUAUUCCACUAUCAUCACUCGCCGAAGCAUGGCGACGCUCACUCGAAGUCCUUCGCCGUCUCUCUCCACUGAGUCCCACUGCAACACGAUGCCUGGCUGCCCUCGAGCUCCUAGACGAAGAAGUAGUUGCAGAUGAGAUACCCAACGCCAAUCCUACCUCCAACAACCCUGAACAGGACGAUGUGCGCUCAUCUAACGCACCGCCUCCUCCUAAUCUUUCUGAUAGCAAUAUACAAAGGAACAGCACAGUGCGGCGAGAUGCCCGCAACAGCCUUGAACCAUCAGCUGACAACACCACGAUAGCGGCGGCACCCUGGGAAAGUCACAACGUCCCACCGCAGUCGGAGCUUGUGCCUCCUUUCCCAGUUGAACCACAGCCCCAGCAGCAGCAACAGGAACAGCAGUGUGGCGUACACGGAGAAGUAUUCGCGACAACGCUACAGAUGCAAGAUUUUACGUGGUUAGACUCCCUCCCAGCCGACCUCUUGGCGGGUGGCUAUGAUGAUCUACCGGAGCUUUAUCCAGUCGUAUAG